AUGGAUGAUUUGCUAAGCGUGCAACUUCCCGCCCAUCAAGUCUAUGCUUUGUCUCUUUGCGGUAUCCUCAUUGCGCUAUUCAUAGCGCGGCAGGUGUUGCCGCUUAUCUACAUCUGGUGUCGGGCUCUCUUUCUUCUGGGGCUCCGGUUGUUCAGCUACACGUUCAUAAUCAAUCGCCAUCGAUGGGCAGGACCCUGGACGAUUAGUCUCAUCCUCGGUCGAGGUAUAUAUGUGGUAUCAAAUGCGGUGUGCCUGCUACUGCCGCAGCCAUCGCGAACAGAGCUGGCAUCACGAGCUGGCUAUUUAGCAGCAACUAAUAUAACGCCACUCUUCCUGUCAUUCCACUUAGACUUUCUAGCUAAUUCUCUGGGCCUAUCCCGUAAAACGACACAAGAAGUACACAAAGCGGCAGGGGUCAUGACCUUCGCGCUACUGCUUCUCCACGUCUCUCUGUCUCUCGAUCUUGAAGAAGUACUCGAUCUAUAUAGGAUAAUGGCAUCGGCCUCUGUAGGACUUAUGGCGGUUCUCAGCAUAGUCCCUCUCAGGAAGCGUGUAUACGAACUCGCAGACAAGACUCACAGAGCCCUUGCAGUCAUUAUCGCCUUCUCCACAUGGCAACAUAUAAGCACCGCCGCUUAUGUGCAACAGUGGUUGUUGUUUACCCUAAUUGGACUGAUCGGUCUUGUUCAUGCUGUGCAGUUUUUGCUAUUCCUGUACCGGAAUACUCGCUGGGGCAAACCAUUCCCUAAAGCAUAUAUUAUAAACGAUGGGGUCAUCGUGAGAAUAGUCCUCCAACUGCCGCGUCCGAUCAAGAUCGACGCUGGACAAUACAUCAGCCUAAGUAUCAUGUCCUCGACUCUCGGCUUUUGGUCGUGGGCGCAAAGCCAUCCAUUUACCAUUACUUCGUGGUCCCCUCUAAAGCAGGACAAACUAGAGCUAUACGUCCAAUGCCGAGGCGGCCUAACCUUACGACUUCUCCACAUGGGCGAGCGGAAUUGUCUCGCAUUCUUCAGCGGCCCUUAUGGAAAAUCGCAUUCCUUGAAGGAGGCUAAGUGUGUUCUGAUGUUAACCACGGACUUCGGGAUUAUUGCGGUCCUUCCAUACCUGAAGAAAAUUACUGCCACACACAAAUGCCGUGCCCACAUUAUCUGGCACGUAAAGAGGCUUAGUGAGUUCGCUCCACUAGUAGCCUUACUGAACGACUAUCUACAGGAUCCUACCCUCAGAAGGAUCCUACAAAUCUCCAUUUACAACGAGGGUGCGACUCACAACGAAGCUUUAGGGGAUCAUGGCCGUGUAAACACUUUCCCUCACGCGCCGAAUAUAGCUGAGAUCCUACAAAGUGAGGUAGAUGGAGAUUCUAUUCCGGAAUUCAGUGUAAUUGAUUUGUUUGUUCUAUCAGUAUCGGGAUCGCAUGAGCUCCGUGACACAACAAGGAAAGUAGCAGGCCGAUAUCUGAGCCGCGGCUUGAUUCUUGAGGAGCUAGAUUACCAGCAAGAGUAG